GUGAAGCCGUCUGCUCGGUGCACAUAUAACUGAAGUUGCGCGCUUGGAUCUUCCCCCGGGCGGUAAAUGCUACACGCGUCGGGCAACGUAACGAAGCUGCACAGGCACGCCGCCGAAUGCAGCGUACGUACACCGACAUAACCGUCCCCAAAAAAUCGCACUGAAGGAAGAUGCAAUUGUCGAAGAGGUUGUUGACAAGGGAGAGCAUUGGAAACGGCGAUAUUGGAUCAGUCCACUCCAUAUACGGAGCCAAAAGCUGGGUGGAGCGGUUGGACAUCCAGGCUGAACUCGAAGGACACUUUGGCUGUGUGAAUGCAUUAACCUGGUCAAGCGACGGAGAGUUACUGGCGUCUGGAUCGGAUGAUACACGAAUUGUCAUCUGGGAUGCAACGAAUAACUUUGCGCAGAAGAAGGUAAUUCAAACUGGGCAUACACAGAACAUCUUCAGUGUGAAGUUCAUGCCGCAUACUGGGAACCGAACACUCGUGUCCUGUGCUGGUGAUAGCGAAGUACGGGUGUUUGAUAUCGACUAUGAUGGACCCAGAUCCUAUGAUCAGAGCUCUGCGUCACAAGUCUUCCGGUGUCAUCAGGAUCGGGCUAAGAGGAUCGUCUGCGAGAACUCGCCAUAUACCUUCCUGACAUGUUCCGAAGAUGGCGACGUACGGCAAUUUGAUCUCAGAGCACCACAACAUCGCUGUGAACGAGGAUCAGAUCGCGAAUGCGCACCACCCCUCCUCUCCUACCGUUCGUCCUCAAUCGAUCUGAAUACAAUCACGUUGUCGAAACAGCAACCUCAGUAUUUCGUUGUCGGCGGUGCGCAUUUACAAGCUUUCUUACACGACAGACGCAUGAUCGGACGAGAUAUGCGGCGAGAGUGGGGUGAUCUAUCGUACACCCCUACGCGGUCAACUCAAUGCGUAAGGAGAUUCUCGCCAAAUGGAGAGGAGAUGACAAGGAGAGGAAGUCACAUUACAGCAUGUAAGCUGGGCGACGCAAACCCGAGGGAGCUGGUGGGGAGCUGGAGUGCCGACUUCGUGUAUAUGUUUGAUAUCCAUGGGGAUCCGGUGGAUGCGGCGGCGAAUAGUCGGGGUGUAAGGACGUCGACUGCACCUAGACGUGGCCCGGCGAAUGGGGAGGGGAUUAAGAGGAAGAGGACGCAGAGUCAGGAUGUUGAUGAUGUGGGAGAGAGUUCGACUACGAGACCGAGGGAUGAAUCGCCUGAGGAUGUGGAGGAACCGACGGUGCAGGUAGGAGUACUGAGUCAGCAGUCAUUCCUGGAGCCAAGCGAAGGCCGAACGAGUUCUCGCGCUCAUCCCACUACACCUCGAUCCCGUUCACAUGGUCCGCCGCCAUACGUUGCUGAUCCACCCGACUACGUCGAUACCUCCGCAUUGCCUGACCGCGUAUCCGCACUUCGAGCAGCCCUCUUCGCCCCCGAACCAGAAUACCCCGCUGCUCGCGAUCUCGCAUUCGACAUCGCCAAGGACAUGCGAUCCCUCCUCACCUCCGGCCCGCCGCCUUCAAACCGCGUCCAGCGCAACAUGGCCUUAAAGUUCGUUCGAGCAUGCGGCGCCAUCGCACAUACCAUCGCACAACCCAACAUCGACUCGCAACUCCUAUCGAUCCAAGAGGGCUGGAGUUGGCGGUAUGAUUUCAUUCGCGCUGUUCUGGGGUGGUUGGCGGAUCCGAAACUACCUGUAGAGCCGAUGUUACCGGAAUACCCGCCCGAGGGGGAGGAUGAGGUAUAUGAUAUUGUGAGAGGAGAUGAGGUGGUGUUUUCAAGUGAGUGGGAUAUGGCGAGGGCUUUUGUUAGGAUGGCGACGCGGCAGCCUCUGGCAGCGGAGAAUGAGGAGCCAGUUGAUGAGGAAGGAGGAAGUCGGCCCCUGACACCGAGUGAUGCAGCGAAGAGGUUCUGGACGAAUGUUUGCAGGAGCUUGGUUAGGAGCGAGGGGGAGGGGAUUGAUUAUGGCUUUCUCAUGGCGGCGUGGCGGAGUACGGCAGCUGAAGAUCUGGAGGAGGACGUGGAUGGAGACGGGGAUAGUGAGGAAGAGGAAGAGGAAGAGGAAGAGGAGGAGCGGGAAGGGGAUAUUAUGUCGUCAGAGGAUGAGGAUGCCGACGAAGACGAUGAUGAUGAUCGGAUUUAUGGAGGUCGGCAGCCUGAAUCUGGGGUUCCUAUCGUGGGUCCGACGAAGAGGUUCUCGGGGCACUGUAAUGUGCAAACGGUGAAAGACGUCAACUUCUAUGGUUUAGACGAUGAGUACGUCGUCAGCGGGUCUGAUGACGGACAUCUGUUCAUUUGGGACAAGAAAACUACUCGAAUCGUGAACAUCCUCAAGGGUGAUGGCGAUGUCGUCAAUGUGGCACAAGGGCAUCCAUACACCCCCAUGAUCGCCGUCUCCGGCAUUGGUCAGAACCCCAUACCAAAAACCUACGAGCAAUGCUAACCAAACAACAACAGACAACACCGUCAAGCUCUUCUCCCCUGCUCCCCGUCUACAAGGCCUAAACACACGCCGCGCAUUGCACAAAGAAUACCAGAUUUGCGCAACAAAUGAAAUGCACAGACAACAGGGGAUGCAGCAUACGGUUUUGACGAGAAGUAUGAUGGCAUCAUUGGCGAGGAGGAUUAGGGUUGUGAGGCAGGGCGAGGCGGCGGAUGGGGU